CAACGGGGACCAUUCCAUGCAUGUUUUUUUCUAUUGGGAAAUUCCGCGAACACUCCUGCUCCUGUCAUGACUUUUUCCUAGGGCCCACAAAAGAGGACAGCUAGCCUACUUUCAGUCAAUAUGUGCGGUUUUUCUUAGAAGUUUUGUAGCAGUCUUUCUGGAAGGCAACUUUGUGAGGCAUCCAGGCGGAGGUAGAUUAGUCGACAUCCUAUUAAUAAUCAAAUUGGACAAGCUGCAAUGGUACCAAUAAAUUUGGAAGGUAAAACUUUUGAGACUUAAAAUCAAAGUCUAAGUUAUAUUUUGUCUAUAAGUUUUUUUUUUUUCUGAAUAAUUUUAAGAAACCAUUAUGAAAUAUACAUUCCAACUGAGAAUAAUUGCAAAACUUCUCGACAUAAACUUUUGUCUCAAGUCAUAACAACCAUGACUCUACAUACAAAAUAAAUUCCAAAAUCCAAUGCCCAAGAAAAAUCCAUUCGCCAAAAUCUAUUGAUUGAAUAACAGAUUCAUAAUUAUGCUGAGGCCGGAGAACGGAAACCAAUCACUCUAUCAUCAAAUAACAGAUUCAUAACACCCACGUAUAUCACACCUUUUCACAACAGCAUACACUCGGGGAAGAAUCGGUUACAUGAAGGCGCCCCAGCACAAACACACAAAGUUCACUAUCGUUGUCAUUGCCCUAGCUUUCUGUCACGCGACUUCUUCCACGGUUCCCUGCAUCGACCGCCAUCAUUAAUUCAGUAGUCAAGUCUUCAACCAAUAUCUUAUCCUUAGAAAGGGAAAGACGAAAAAAUAAAUCAGUGUACUGCUACAUAUCACCAGCAAUGUUUCUUUCUCUCCCCUCCUCAUCAUCCUCGCUCUUCCGCCUAUGCCUUCUCCUCUUCCUCCUCCACUCCCCUCCCGUCGCCGCCGGCGACCCAAUCUUCUCGUUUUGCGGCAGCGGCAACUACUCAGCCAACAGCAACUACGAGGUCAACCUCGACAUCCUCCUCCCCACCCUCGCCAACGACGCCUCCCUCUCCAGUACUGGCUUCUCCAACUUAAGCAUCAGCCAGAAGCCCAACCCGGCAUACGGGCUCGCCCUCUGCCGUGGUGACAUCAACACCUCCCUAUGCCUCUCCUGCCUCAACACAUCCAACCAUGCCAUCGUCCGCCUCUGCCCCUAUAAGGUCGAAGCUGUCGUCUGGUACGAUUUAUGCCUCCUCCGCCACUCGAGCCAGGAUUCCCUAGCGACAACAGAGGAGUCGGAGGAAAAACUUACCUGGAAUGGCAACGACAUAACGACGGACGUCGUUCCCCUGUUCAAGAAUCAACUGAACGAGCUUCUGAGUACUAUAACCCAUUGGGCCGCAUACAACACGACGAGGAAGUUCGCCACCGGGGAGGUGAAUUUUACGACGGAUAUUCGGACGAUAUACGGCCUGGUGCAGUGCACGCCAGACCUGGGGGCAGGCCCGUGCCAGCAGUGCCUUCGGGAGAUAAUCCAGUUGUUACUGACGGGGGUAGGUUUGAAGCAGGGGGGAAGGGUGUUACGAGUGCAGUGCAAUUUUAGAUACGAGCUCUACAAGUUCUACGACGGGGCAUCGACGCUAAGGCUUGGUUCGCCGACGCCUGGAAACCCAGCUAGAGAGAAAGGCAACAAGAAGAAUGCAACAGAUAUUGUUCUUAAAAUUGCCAUACCUCUAGUGUCAUCAUCCUUGCUAAUCUCCAUCACCUGCAUUUGCUUCUGGACAAGGUGGAAGUCGGCAAAAAAUUUACCCUUAGAUGAGGAGGACAACCUGGAGGAGAUCACACAUUCUGAGUCACUAUUACUUGAUCUAUCUGUGCUAAGAGCUGCGACGGCUAACUUUGCUGAAGAAAACAAACUUGGAGUAGGUGGUUUUGGUGCAGUUUACAAGGGAAUACUACCCAAUAGGCAAGAAUGUGCAGUGAAGAGGUUGUCAACAACUUCGAGGCAAGGACUAGCAGAGCUAAAAAAUGAACUAGUUUUAGUUGCUCAUCUCCGGCACAAAAAUCUUGUAAGGCUUCUCGGUGUUUGCUUGGAAGAACAGGAGAAGUUGCUUGCCUAUGAAUAUGUGCCUAACAGAAGUUUGGAUACCAUUCUUUUUGAUCCUGUAAAACGCGAACAGCUAAACUGGGAAAGAAGGCACAAGAUCAUCCGUGGAAUUGCUAGAGGCCUACUAUACCUACAUGAAGAUUCUCAACUCAGAAUUAUACAUCGGGAUUUGAAAGCCGGCAACAUAUUAUUAGAUGCAGACAUGAACCCUAAGAUAUCUGAUUUUGGUUUAGCUAGGCUCUUUGGCGGAGACCAGAGUCAAAGCUUCACAACCCGAGUUGUUGGAACAUUUGGAUAUAUGCCACCAGAGUAUGUUAUGCAUGGGCAGUUUUCAAUCAAGUCAGACGUAUACAGCUAUGGCGUGCUGGUUUUAGAGAUUCUAACAGGCAGGAAGAACAGUGGCUCCUCAAAUUCAGAAAGUGGCAGAUAUCUUCUGGCCGAUAUAUGGGAGCAGUGGAACAAAGGAACAGUUUUGGAGAUACUAGACUCCUGCUUAGGCAGCCAUUGCCCAACAACUGAAGUGUUAAGAUGCAUUCAGAUUGGACUAUUGUGUGUUCAGGAGGAUCCAUCAGAUAGACCCAACAUGUCAACAGUCGUUAUGCUGCUCUACAGCGAUUCAGCUUCUAUCCAAGCUCCCUCCAGACCAGCAUUUUGUACCAGACAGAGUGUCAUGGAUUCAUAUGCUCAUGCAAAUGAAUUCAAUUUACGUGGUGGUAUACACAACCAAUAUUUGGAUAGGUUGAUAACGGUGUCACUAAAUGAGAUGUCAGUUACGGAAUUCGAACCUAGAUAAACAUAAGAAACUAAGAAGAAGGUUGUUGGCAAAUAUCUUUAAAGACUUAAGUCUUUCUAUGCAGCUUAAAGGCUUUGUGCCAUGGAUGUAACGCAUGUAUUUUGCUCAGAUCCUUUGAAACAUGGGAAAAUCAAUAUGUAUGUCUCUUACAUUUCCAUA